AUGCCAUUGUUCUUAGUUAUAGAAGCUACGUUGUCAGAAAACGUCGCCAAGGUAUCAAUUGAUAACACGAGCGAAUCAAGAGCGGAGUUUACCUUCGAUUUGCAAUGUACCAGUUGCAGAGAGUUGCACGAUUCCAAAAUAAUGAUCAAUACAUUUGAAGAACAUGCAAUGCCUUCUUCAAAAGGGACUGCGUCUUUCUUAAUGAAAUGUAAAUUUUGCUCCAAAGAGUUGUCCGUUAACGUGUCCAUUUUUGAGAGUGAAUAUUUAACCGAUCAAGCUGACCACGAAUGGGCCAAGUUAAAAGACGUGAGGAAGAAACAUGCCUUAUCGAAGGUCAAAGAAAACUCAUUUCUUCCGCUUGUUUUCGACUGUAGAGGCUGUGAGCUGGUCAAAUUUUAUCCGGACAACAUAACGUUUAAAGUUUUGCUAAACUCCGGAAAAGUGAUGGCAUGCCAAUUAGAGGAUAAUGAGUGGUAUGAUUAUGAUGAUGACUCUGGAGAAGAGGUAACAAUGACUGAGUUUUCAUCGGAUUUCAUCAAAGGUAAAUGA